AUGCCGAACCCCAGACAAAGCAAGCCAGUAGACUUGUGGCAAACUGCUUAUCACCAGCUGGAUGAGAGGCAGCGGCGAAUUUUGCCCACAGUCCACAUCCAUGCCGACGUGGGUGACAAGGAAAAUCAAUGCCGAACGACAGUCCUGAUCGGUGAGGUCAUCCGGGUAACGGAAGAGCAGUACGAGAAAUAUCGACAGAAAGCAGAUAGUACACUUCGAGAAUCCUCGCGAAAGGUCAUUAAUGCAGCACUAUCCUUCAAAGAUAUCAUCAGCGCGGUUGGCGCCUCUGACCUUACCCAGCAUGCAGCUGCUGCUUGGAGGAUUGUGUCACUUGGGUUAACAGUGGCCAAAAACCACGAUGACGUACGAAACGCGUUGUUCGAAUCAUCGGAAUACCUAGCGGAUGUCCUCACACAUUGUGCCUUCAUUGAGAAGAAGUUCUACCAUGACAGCAACUCAAGUAUCAAGGAUGAUGUGGGAAAUACGAUAGUCAGACUCUACAGCGCUAUCCUACGUUAUACAGCACAGAUACGAAACUGUCAAGAGCCUGGCAUGGGCAGGAAGAUAUUGAAUUGUGCCGCUGCCAUUACCGAGCACCCGCUCAUGGAACUCAAGACCUCUGAGGAAAAAGAAAGGGACAAUUUACACAGGGUGGAUUGGAUUAGUCAAAUGCCACCACCGCGAAAUGGAGGCGGAGAAGACCCUCUGUCGCAUUGA